AUGUUUAAUGGAGAAAGCAAAAACAGGAAGAUCAACCUGAGCGGGAAGAAACAUGUUAUCCUCAACAAGGACUCCUUCAUCGAGAGGGCCAAAAAAGAGAAAGAAAUCCACCUCAACUUGACGAGGAGGAAAAACGCCUUUAAGGUUAUCGGCACCUAUGUAAGCUUUAAAAAAUGCAUUGAGAAAAGGAGGAACGAGAUUCAGAUUCUCAUCGGGAAGAGAAUCAAUGAUGUGAUGUUGUUGCAGAACCUGGUCGCGCCGGAUGUGUAUGAGAGAGCCUUGCGAAUAUGCCUCUAUGAAUUUUCUGUCAGCUCCACCUUUUUGUACUCCAUUCGAAGUUGCUACUACUACUAUAAAGGCAUGAACUUUGAGGGACUGUACCCUCCCGUGAGAUACCUCUUAGAUGUGCUGAAGCUCUAUGGCAAAGUGGGGCAACUGGAUGAGCCCCAUUCGGUGAAGGGGGAAAAAAUCGAAAAGGAUGGAAGCGGCUAUACCCAUCUGGAUGCAAACGAACCGAGAAAAGAGACAAAGAAGAAGGAAGCAAUCCACGUUAGCAAUAAGUUCCUCUACAGACAUAAAAAGGAGAUACAAGUCUUACUUAACCAUUUGGAUGUUCUCUUGGGAGGGUACAGAUUAUAUGGUGAAAAUAUAUAUGGAGAGUACCACUCGGGGGUGCGAAGUGUGAGGAGGCGGUGUAGGGGUCAUUCGUUAAUUGGCAGCGAGGUAGGGAGGGGUAGCCAAGGAGGAGUCUCCCCCACUGUGGUGUAUGCCCAACCUAGAAGAUACGACAAUGGGCAGGGGCUCUACCUCUACCACAUGUACAAUUUCAUUUUGAAUAAGUCCUUCUGUUCCCACAUGGAGAAGGAGAUAAACUCUCGGGAAGAGAAAAACUUAGAGAGUAAACCCCGUAAUGAUAAAAACGUAUUGCAAUCACUUCAAAGAAUAAGUGACUACAUCAUUUUAACGAUGGAUGGGAUUAUCUGCAUUUUGAGAAAGUUACUCCUGUCAUAUUCAGCGAAGCAGAUUUUUAGGUGCAGCUCGACCAGGCUACUGAUUUACUUGUGCGAUCUUAUAUAUAUUUUUUUAUUCUCUCUGAAGAUUAAGGGACAUGAAAUAAAACACGAAACUGUAGAGGAGGUUAAAGGAAAAGUUAACUUGCUUUUACAAUUUGUUUCUAUCUCUGUAGAUCAGCUAAAGGAUUGCCAUUCUUUGUACAUAGCUUUUUUUAAGUAUCCAAUUUUCGACAUUUUUUCCAUCCCUAUUGACGUGAAGAAAGAACUUGGAAUGAUGAAACUGCUGCUCUUGAAGAUAGUUAAUAGGACCUAUGGACGACAUGAUGUGGACAUAAUGCAGGAGCUGGUUUACUCAAAUGAGAAUCUUCCUUUCCAUUUGGACAAAUACCAUUUGUUUAAUCAUGCCUCCUUCGAUCGGAAGAAUAUAUCCGGGGUAAACUUAUUUAAGAAUAUUCUUCUGUUUGUUCACACGAAUGAGGCGCUGGUGCAGGACAACGUUUUGAAUAUCCUGCUGGAGGCCUACCUGUUCCUCUCGCUGAGGUAUCACCCGUAUGUGUACAGGGUGGGGGGAGGGGAAGGAGAAGAAAUCGGAGUAAUCAGAGGAAGAGAAGGAAUAGCAGAAAUCCGAGGAAUAGCAGAAAUCGAUGGAAACUGCGGGAUAGGGGGAUGUACCCAGCGUAUCGGCAGAACAGACAGAGAUGGUGACGCCCAUGCCGAUGCGCAGUUCGAGUUCGCCACCCCCCACAGCGGAGCCAUAUGCAGCAACGAAGCCAUCUUCAGCAGCAGCAACCGGGAGCACACCGAAACGGAGGAGGUGGCGGGGAAGAAGCGAUCCGGCUCCUUCGGCGAAGUCGCAUGGGAGCAAUCGGCUCCAAAUAAGAAGAAAGAAGUGCACACAGGUGAUCGGCACGAAGGUGAUCGUCACACAGAUGGGUCUCUCUCACACAUGGGCUUCUACUACUCCAGAGGGGUAGUCGACUCUUUAGUGCAGAUUUGUAAGAGGGGGGGGUUUAAAAGGCUGGACGCGCUGUUGUUCUUUCUUCUUCCCUUUAGGACCAUCCACAGGGGCAUCUUCCACCGGUACAGAAACUACUACGAGUUCGUAAAAAAUGUGAGCAACGAGGUGUUCGUGAUUGGGGGCCGGAGAAAUGAUUUCAUUAAUCAGCGAGGAGUGCUUCGUGGUAGUCGAAUUGGUGAAAAUGGCCUCAUCGGUGGAACCCCCCUUGGUGACAAUAGAGCGGAGGAGGUUCCCGGGAGCGGCCCAACGUACCGAUUCCUCCCCCAGACGAGGCAUCUCUCAACAGAUCAACCGACGCAGAAGACAGUGUGGAGAGGCCAGCAGCGUAACCGCCUCUUCAGCCUGAAAAAUCUCAUCAGGCCGAAGGGAAAAAGAGGGAAGCGCCCAUGGGAUGAGGAUCUUCUAAAUAACGACAUCAUAUUGAAGGUGAAGAAGAUUCUCAUCCAGCACGACAUGCACAUUUACCUGAUCAGAGAAGUGUACCUACUAUGGUUUACCAAUUGUAAUGCAAACGACACUCUGUUCUUUAAGUACCUCUCCGCCUUCCCGUACUUCGACCACACCAUUGUGUCUAUAUAUAUUUCCUCCCUCUGUUUUCUUCUGCACUACUACAUCGUGGCGAGCAUGUUUGUCAACCUAAUAGACAUUCAGGGUUUUAAACUGUGCAAACAUUUUAUGGCUAGUUUGGCGUUCAAGAAGGUAUGCAAACUGCUUCUAAUGUCCCUGUGGGUGGUACUGAAGAAAUCCAUGUAUGCUAUUAACUGCGAGGUGAUGAAUCGGCUAGCUUGUGAGGAGAAAGGAGUCGUGGGACGAGACGGACAGGAGGGAGGAGAAGGCGGAGAUGACACCGAACUGGAGGAGUUCACGGAAGCUAUCAACGAGGAGGACACGUACAACGAUGAGGAUGAGCAGUAUGAGCGGGAGAUGAAUAGGAAGGAGGAGCGGAUCAUAGAGGAGAUCGAAGGGGGGGGUAGCGGUGGAGCGGUCAGCAGUGGAGCGGUCAGCAAUGGAGCCCACUUGUGUGAACCCCUGCGCUGCUUCGAGGAGAUACCCAUUGUGCUUGGUCCGACGGAAGAGGCGUCUUUCCCAUCGAGUGUCGCAAUCCUACCCGACUGCAGACCGGAGGACCUUCUGGAGGCGCUGGACUCGCUUAGCACAGGUGAGCCGUCCCCCAUGGGGAGACUCUACCCUUCCAGUGCCGACCAUUUUCUAAGUCGAGGAAUGCACUUCUCAGCGUGCGACACGUAUGACGGAAUUGGAAUAGCUAACAAGAGCAGCAUCGGUGGUGGCUUCAAGAGCAGCAUGCACAACAGCCGAGGCGGAGAAGACGCGUCGGCAAUAAUCUCCACCCUAAUAAGCUACCUCUUGUACAAUCGGGACAGAAGAGGACUGAACUAUGUACUGCCAUUUCUACUGAAGAAAUUGUACAAGGUCAACGGGUACGUGCAUCUCUUCGAGGAAGACUUUUUCGUAAUAAAGGAAACGAGUAGUUUGCUAAAGAACCGAUUUAACAUUAUUGGGGAUCAGAAUAACAGUGGAAGUAGUUCCAAUCAGAUGAGCAGCAGUACAGGAAGUAAUAACUACGACACGGAAUCAAAUCUCUUCAUCGAUAAGAACGAUGCCUAUCUGAAUUAUAACAUCAAGCACGUUAACGAGUUGGCUAACUACUUGUUGAGGUUUACUCCAUUUACUCUCCCUUUUGAUGAUCGCAUAUUAAUAUUUUACAACAAUAGGAAUAAGUCUAAGGAGAGCAUCCGAGAUGAUAGCAGAUUCAGUUUCGUCGAUGUGAAGCACCACUUGAUUAGGAGAACACACAUAGUGGAAGACGCAUUCAUAUUGCUUCACAUGCUUGACGGUACUCAGGUGAAGCAAAACAUUAGAGUCGCUUUUAUUGAUCAGAAUGGGAAUGAAGAAACUGGAAUUGAUGGAGGGGGACUCUUUAAAGAAUUCAUGAUUCUUCUGUGUAGAGAGAUUUUCCAUUCGAAAUUUUUUCUCUUCGAUUAUGUACACAAUGGGACCCUCUACCCGAAGAGGUUCCAUUCAAAUGAUAACUUAAAUUUGUAUACCUUUGCUGGGAAGGUAAUCGGGAAGGCUAUUUACGAGCGCAUACUCAUUGAAUCCGUUUUUAAUGACGUUUUUUUGAGCUUCCUCCUGUCUGAUGAAAUAGACUUGGAUGUCGAAAUUGAUAUUAACGAUUUAUAUUUUAUUGAUCAACAUGUUUUCAAAAGCUUGCUUUACAUUCAGAACACCCCCCAUGUGGAGAACCUCUCACUUACCUUUUGCGUCUACGAGAGGAAGAAACCCGACGUGGGGGACGUACGUAAGUACGAGGACAUCAUUAGUUACUUUCAGGCCCUGGGGAGGCAGCUCUCUGCGGGGGGAGGCGGUGAUGGAAGAAACUUCCUUGGCGGGGCAAGCAGUACUGGAGGAAGCUUCCUCGGGGGGGUAAGCAGCCGGGGAAACGUGGUGAGGCGCUUCUUCUCCCAGACGGGAGUCUCGCACGACCAUGACAAUAUUAACAGCUUCUUCAACAUCAUCGAUAAUUUGGACGCAUUGAUAAACACGCUCGAUCGAAAUCUUUCUUCCCUUUCGCCGAUGCCGCUGGAGGACCAUGUGCCUGAGGUGAAUACGACAGAGCGGUACCGUGGUGCGAACUACAACGCUGAUUCACCCAUCGUGGAGAUGCUCUUACGUCGGAACGAGCCCAAUUUGAGUCCCACGUCGAAUGGGGUGCUCCUGGGCUCAGACGGCGAGGUCUUGACGUAUCCGCUGCGCAGCGGUGACGACCUCGAUUCGGAGGAGGGACCGCAAGAUGUGCAGGAUAUGGAGGAUGUAGAAGGUGUGGAAGCUGUGGAAGGUGUGGAAGGUGGCGGCAAGGGGGAUCCAGUCGGUGGGAACAGAGAUGGCCAAGGGGGUGGAAGUGGAGAUCACCCAUCAAGUGCGAGCAUGGACGACCCAUCAGGUGCGAGCAUAGACGACCCAUCAGGUGCACGCAUAGACGACCCAUCAGGUGCACGCAUAGAUAACCCAUCAGGUGCACGCAUAGAUAACCCAACAGCACACAGACGCGGAGCGCAAGCGGAGGACCUGCAGUGCAUCGACCUGAUUGAAAACGGAAGGAACAUACUAGUGGACGACAAAAAUAAGAAGCAGUACAUAAAACUGUACAUAAAUUAUAAGUAUAAAAAAAUGGUGCGGAAAAAAACCCAGGCUUUUUUGAAAGGGCUGUCCGAAUUGAUUCCUACCAAAUGGCUCAAACUUUUUAAUGCUCAUGAAUUAAAGACUCUGAUUUCGGGCAACGACAAAUGUUUCGACGUGGAUGAUUUGAGAAGGAACGUUGUUUACGGUGGAGGAUACACUGCAAAUAGUGAAACUGUCUUAAACCUAUAUCACAUUUUGAAAACGUUUUCUCCAAAGGAGAAGAGCCUCUUCCUUAUGUUCGUCACUAGCUGCUCUAGGUCUCCUUUGCUUGGCUUCCAGGAGCUCUACCCUAAGUUUUGCAUCUUUCGCGUCGUGGACGAUACGAGACUGCCCACUGCGUCCACGUGCGUUAAUUUGCUCAAACUGCCCGACUACGCGUCCAGGGAGAUCUUGCACAAGAACCUGCUCACGGCGAUAAGCGGCACACAGGGGUUUGACCUCAGCUAA